AGCGCGCACGGAUCCACGGGCUGCUGAUGAGAGAGAGAGAAAGAGAGAGCGGGCGUGGACGCGCCGGCCUGUGUGUGAUUGUGGUGUUAGUGCUCGUGGUGGUGUGUAUGUGUGUGGGAGCAGGAGGGGAGACUCUGCAGUGUCUUGGCAGCUGCAUUAGUGCAUCUCCCACCGUCCGCGAUGCCUUCACGGCCAAUGCCUGCCUCCUCCGCGUCCACUUGACGAGAGAAACCGAGAUGAAGUCGUCGGGAAACUGAGCCUGACGUUCACACAUUGCUCGCUGUAUGCCCCGGAGACAGUCCGGAGCGCUUCAUUCACGCAACGAGAGCCCGUGACGAGAAUUUUUAAUGGAAAAUGGCGAUAGGCGAAAGGUCUUGCAGCAUCGUCUGCUUGCUAUCUAUCCAGAUUAUCUUCAUUUUCAGCGCAUCGUGGCCUGGAGCGCAGGGUCUCUUCCCCCAGCAAUACACGAUGAUGCACUGGGCCAGGCGUAUCGAGCAGGAGAUUGACAGAGUCUUUCAGCACAUCACUGGAGCUCAGCAGUUGAAAGGGAUAUACAAUGAAGAAAGGCGUCGGUUUAGUCUGGUGAAGAAUCAGCCUCGCAAGAUUGUUGAAAAAGUGGCCUCGGAUAUUGAGAAACUUCUGGCUAAAAAGCGCAAAGCACUUGAUAGGUUAGCCAGUGAAGCAGAGCGGCUCCAGCGGGAGCAUCUGUGGCAGGAUGAAAUCAAGGAGCUGGACAUGGCUUAUUAUGAUUCCAAGGCAGAGCUGGAUUAUUAUUCCAUGGAUGGAGAAGGAGAGGUGGAAAAUCCCUCUCACAUCAAGCUGGAGUUUGUGUAUGACCCAAACUUCAAGAAUAAUGUCAACUAUUCCUACACAGCUGUUCAGAUUCCCACGGAUAUUUAUAAAGGAGCUCCCGUCAUUCUAAACGAACUGAACUGGACGCAAGCGUUGGAGAAAGUCUUCAUGGAGAAUAGUCGAGAGGAUCCGUCACUGCUGUGGCAAGCAUUUGGGAGCGCGACAGGAGUCACUCGCUAUUAUCCAGCAACACCCUGGAAAGCUCCUGAUAAAAUUGACCUGUAUGAUGUCAGGAGGAGGCCCUGGUACAUCCAGGGUGCCUCAUCCCCCAAAGACAUGGUCAUCCUUGUUGACGUGAGUGGCAGUGUCAGUGGACUCACCCUGAAACUGAUCAAAGCGUCAGUGAUGGAAAUGCUGGACACUUUAUCCGACGAUGACUACGUCAAUGUGGCCAGGUUUAAUGAGAAGGCUGUGGCUGUGGUCCCUUGCUUUAGCCAUCUAGUCCAGGCUAAUGUGCGCAACAAAAAGAUUUUCAAGGAUGCAGUGCAGCAGAUGCAGGCUAAAGGCACCACUGACUACAAGUCUGGAUUUCACUUUGCCUUCAAUCAGCUAUUAAAUAAAACAAAUGUCCCCCGGGCUAACUGCAAUAAAAUAAUCAUGCUGUUUACUGACGGAGGAGAGGACCGAGCUCAGGAUGUUUUCAUGCAAUACAACUGGCCCAACAAAACGGUUCGAGUAUUUACCUUUUCUGUGGGCCAGCAUAACUAUGAUGUCACACCCUUACAGUGGAUUGCGUGCACCAAUAAAGGUUACUAUUUCGAGAUCCGUUCCAUCUGCGCUAUAAGGAUUAACACCCAGGAGUACCUUGACGUGCUGGGACGCCCCAUGGUUCUGGCAGGCAGCGAAGCCAAGCAGGUUCAGUGGACCAAUGUGUAUCAGGAUGCUCUGGGUCUUGGCAUGGUAGUAACUGGGACUUUGCCUGUUUUUAAUCUCACCAUGGACGGAAACUCACAGAAUCAGCUGAUUUUAGGUGUCAUGGGAGUCGACGUGCAUCUUGAUGAGAUAAAGCGACUCACACCGCGGUACAAUCUCGGGGCCAACGGAUACAUAUUUGCCAUCGAUCCAAACGGAUACCUGCUCCUUCAUCCUAAUCUCCAGCCAAAGCUUGUGAAUCUGCCAGAACCUGUGACGCUGGACUUUCUGGACGCAGAGUUGGAGGACAGCAAUAAAGAGGAGAUCCGCCGACAGAUGAUCGAUGGAAGACCAGGUGAAAUGCAGAUCAAAACUCUGGUACUGUCGAUUGACGAGCGCUACAUCGAUGAGGUCUACAGGGGUUACACCUGGACUCCUAUCAAUGGAACAGACUACAGUCUCGGUCUGGUAUUACCAUCCUACAAUGAGUACUACAUCAAGGCAGAUCUGAGCGAUGUGAUGCUGCAGCUCCAGUAUAUGCAGUCUUUGCUGCCCAGCUCCUUUGAAUCAUCAGGGCACGUGUUUCUAGCUCCAAGGGAAUACUGCAAGCGUCUGCAGCUUUCUGACAACAACACCCAGUUCUUGCAGAACUUUCUGUCUCUCAUGCUUGACCUCUCCCCUGAAUCUGAUGAGUGUGACCAUGGCCUGAUCCACAACCUGAUUUUUGAUUCUAGGAUCAUCGGGCAGCUUGCUUCUCGUGUAUGGAAGAACAAGGACCUCAAUUCGUAUGGCUUCCUAGCUGUAUUUGCAUCCACAGACGGAGGAAUAACACGAGUUUUUCCCAACAUAGCUGCCGAGUUGUGGGAUGAGGACCCUGAACCCUUCAAUUCAAAUUUCUACAGACGGAGCCUCGACAACAAAGGCUACAUGUUCAGAUCUACACUCAGAUCCUCUUUGGAUGACCCCAUUGCAGCAGAAAAUGGGACGAGUGAAAUUGUGGUUAGUUCAGCUGUGGAGGUUAAUUUAGCAGGAAAACUGCUCAGACCUGCAGUGGUUGGUGGGAAGCUGGACUUGGAAGCUUGGGUGGAUAAGUUCAAAAUCCUGGCCAGCAACAUGUCAGACGGCCGGCAGGGGUCACACAAGUGUGGACCUCUGAGAAGUUGCGAGAUGGAUUGCGAGAUGGACACAAAUGAACUCGGCUGCUAUCUCAUUGAUGAUGGUGGGUUCCUGGUUAUGUCCAAUCAGGCAGAUCACUUCCAAAAGAUUGGUCUUUUCUUUGGCGAUGUGGACGCUCCCCUGAUGUAUGCCCUCUACAACAAUUCGAUCUUCACUCGACGGCAGUCUUUCCAGUACCAGUCUGCAUGUGAGCCGGUCAGCAGCAGCCACACCGGCGCAGCACCGAGAGGUGUUUUUGUGCCGUCCAUUGCUGAUGUUUUGAGCUUGGCAUGGUGGACAUCAACAAUGGCAUGGUCUGUGUUUCAGCAGCUUCUUUAUGGACUGGCCUAUAACAGCUGGCUCUAUCAAGCUGAUGUCCUCAUCGAAGGCUUUGAGACUAAAGAAAGCAGCUGUGUGACCAUCCAAAGCCAGUUCUACUUCACAAACACCACAAACUCCUACAAUAUGCUGCAGGACUGUGGAAACUGCUCCAGACUGUUCCAUGCAAAGAGGAUCGAAAACACAAACCUGCUUUUUGUGGUCGCCGAGAAACUGCUCUGCCAGUCGUGUGAGAUUGAGACACUGACCCAGGUCAGAACAGAGUUUCAGGAGGAAAAUCCGUGUGAAGUAUUGAACAAUACACGAUAUCGUAAAGGCCCGACUUCCUGCUUUGACUACAGUGCCUUAGAAAACACGUCAGAGUGUGGACGAGGUCAUUCCCUGCAGUCCUCCAUAGGAGUCCUCCUCUUCAUUCAGCUCACUCUGCCUCUCUUUCAUCUCUCACACAUGCAAACGCUCUGGCAUUUUUGAUCUCUGUAGGUUAAGGCUCGGAUCUACUGAAGAGUAGAUCAAACAGCAACUGUAAAAUUCUUCUUUUCUGAACUACAAACAGCUCACAGAGAACAGUGCUUGGAAAGAAACCCCUGGAUCAGCUCAUAGUGUCUUUUGCCUUAUUGCUAAUGCAUUUCUUGGUGUUUCGGGGCUUGAGUGCAAAACAUAUGAUUAUAAUGCGUUGCGUGUGCAUGCUAUUUAAACUGAGACAGCAUCUUUACAUUUUUAUUUAUUUAUUGCAUAAAGGCUUAGCCACGGCAAAAAGUCAGGGAGACGACCAAAGCCACCCAGCAGUAGAAGAUUGUUGAUCACGUUUGUUUGACUGUGUUUCACUGUCUAGAAUCUAAUGUGGCAGCAGAACAGUGUAUCAUAUUAUUACAUUACUCCCUGAACUUCCUAGAUGUGGUUAAACACAGUUACUUCAUGAUUUAGCUUUUUCACAUAGGGCCACCUAGGUUUCUAUAGCUUUUUUUUUUUUUGCUUAAUAAAUGCAAUUAUAAUUUAUAAAGUGCAUCUGUAUUUACUUGGGUUAUCUUUGAGAAAGGACUCAGGAAAGGAGGAAAAUACUUUUUCACAGCACUGUACAGUUUAUGCUAGCUCGUAGCCUUCGUCCUCCCGGCCUUUGCAAGUGUAGAGCUGUGUAUAUAUAUAUAUAUAUAUAUAUAUUAUAUAUAUAUAGCUGUAUAUAAAACCCAUGGGAUACCUUUGAGAUGCAUGGUAUAUUUUGAAUUCUAGUAAAGUACAAGAAACCUAACACUGUAUUUACAGGUAGUGUAAAAUACGUAAUUAUUACUUUCUACCACUGAACGUACGAGGCUGUACGCACCAUCACCUUUUAUUCUGAGGAGCUCUGAGUGGCUUAACAGACGAGUAACAGUUAAAUAAGGACAGUACCAAGAGUUUUUAGAGCUUUCAGUACUUAACGUUACUGAUCAGCUGAAUAUAUUAAAAUGUAUAUGACUUUUCAACCAUACAGUGUCACAGUGUUGUUAACGGUUCAGAUAAAGGGCAAACUAACAUAUUUAAUGGCGUAUAGAUGGAGAUCAAUCACUGCCUUGAAAAUUUUAAUGAAAAAGCUGAAUCUGCUGCUGGGUGACUUGAAGACUCCCACCUGUAGGCUGCUCAGAUGUUAUUUGUGGCACCCAUGCUGUUGUUGGCUUGAAAUGAAUCCCUUGCACCUGUUUGUAUUUGCUCGUUCGGUCCCAGCAGAUGUCUUUGCACAUACAGAUCAGGAGGCGCUGCACUUACAACUGUUUUUCACACGACGGUAGAUCUGGGCCUUCAACCCACAUUCACUUCAGUGUCUUUUGAUCCAGUUCUGAUCUUUGCCGAGCCAGUUUUAGUACUAAAAAUUGGGUCAUGCAUGACAGGACCCCAAAAGACUUCUCUGUCAAGUAUCCUUGCCCUCUAAUGUCAUUAGAUUUAGGCACACGUCUGACAGGAUUUAGAUAAAAAUAUCAUUUUUUCCCAUAAGAUAUUUUUUUUCAAAACUAAAUGAGAACAGAGAUGUGAAAAGCCAGCGUGACACAUCAACAAAGAAGCAUCUGUGUGGUUUGCUUGUUUGACUGAAUCGUUAAAGCUGAGGUUUGCUUUUUUUCUCCGAACGCCUCCACAGAUGCUCGGUAUGAUCUUGAAGUGCUUCCAGUCAAGUAAGAUGUCGUCAGAUGAUGUGAAAUGAAACAACACAAACUAAAUUGUCAAACAGUAACUGACUUUGUGAGCUAUUAGUGCAUCCUUUGUGGACUCCAAUAUUUAAGUGCUGUGAUCAUCGGAUACUUGCAGUGUAACGUGCAGUGUUAACAGCGUAGUCUAUUAGCACAAGCCUCGCAGAAGUCAGCAUAUUGCCAACAUGUUUUUAAACAUACACGUCAGUUAGUUGAUUGAUGGGAAGUCCUUUGUCCCUUUUUCUUGUAUUGCCAAUGUUUGUCAAGUCUGAAUUUAUGCACUUAUGUAUGCUUCUGUAUGGGGAAUGUAGCUUCUGAAAAACUUUCAGUGUUAUGAAUAUGUUCUUCUGCGCUUUCUGACCUUCUGUCGAGAUACCCCUGACGUGUCGCUGAUCACUGAAUGACUUACUGCAGCAGAACAUUUCGGUGUUAUCAUGCACUAAGAUUUUUGACAACAAUAGCAAGAAAUGUAGCAGUUUUGUAAUUUUGACAGGUGUUUAUUACACUAAAGAUGUUUGGAAUCAUUUCUUGCAUUAGAUUAGAUAAAAAAAGAGAAAUUUCCUACUUCAGUUUAAAUCUAAUAUCUAUCAACAUAUUUGUUGUUCUUAAGUCGACUCUCAGUGUGUGCGCACAGGAGAUUUCAAGUUUGUUUUGCUGCAUAGUUGGCUUUCAAAUUAGUUUUGAUGUCAAAAUCUGUACUCUUGUUACACUCAGAUCAAAGGUAACUUCAUAGAAAAGCACCCCCCACCCUCUCUCCUCCCUUCAGCAGAUGAAUGAGGAAGCAACUUUCAGCUGUCAAACACUGCACAGUCACACUCUGCUUAGUGAAGCUCUAACAUCCCCCGGGUAGCACCAGUAGAAAGAACAUAUUUUGAUUUCUUUUGAAGAAAGUGAAAGACAGGAGCCUAAAACUGGUGCUACGUGUGAUUCAUGAGCGCUCGCUGCAUGCAUGAUUAAAUGAAGAAAUCCGUUUUUCCGCAGUGAUUCAUUCUUGUACGUCUUUUUCUGUAAUCAUUUGAUCUGGUUGCAGAGUUAAGGGGUAUUUUUUAAAAAUGUGUUGUUUUUUUUUUAAAUAAUAUUUGUAAAAAUGCAUUUUCUCUCUUCGUCUGCCUGGUGUUCCACCCCGCAGUGCCUUGUUGCACUCGUCAUUUUAGAUGUCAGGAACAUUCGCAUCAUAGAUGCGGAAAUUCACCGUGCAGGCCAUGUGAAAGACGCACUUGAAUUUCAAGGGUUGCCGUGGUUCAGCUUUGAGAGGACUUUCUGGUCAGGGAAUGUGAAAAAAACAAAAAUAUGCUCCCAUAGAACUUUUAAAGGAAAAUAUUUUUAAAGGAGCGCAGUCGUGAAAGUGCACAACAGAAGAGUCGGCCUCCUUUCCUGCCUUCUCAUGGACACGUUUGUCAAAUCUACACCAACAAACUGGGCCGCCCUUCUCGCCUGUGUCAUCUGAUCUCCAUACUGUGGUCCAGCCGGGCACAGACACUGUCCAUUUACAUGGAUUUCUACUGUGUCCCAUCUGCACCACACUAUAUUCUAUAUUUGAUGCCUGUUGGAAACUUUUCAGUUGUGACUGACUGAAAUGAGUGAAUGUUAAUGUACAGUAUACCUACUGUUGUGCAUCUCUGCUGUACCCAAGCAUGGUGGGGACCUGGAGAAGCAGAUUCAAGCUCAACAUUGGUUGAAAACCUCAAAAAAAAUUAAAUAAAAAAAAUGCUGCUUUCAAAAGAAGACCCAAAACAGGAAACAGCUGUUCCUCUGAGACCUGCAGUAUUUCCUUUAGGUCAUUUUGCGUCUUUGAAACAACACUGUUGUACUUUGAGGAAAGAACUUUUGUGGAACUCUUUGUACCCUACAGUACAAUAUAUUCCUGCUGUUGAGGUCAGUGUUGUAGUUUCGUUUUAAAUUUACUGGUAUUUAUUUGCAUGAUAUUUUGAAUUUGUACAUAGUCUGAUGGAUAUUUUACAUUCCUGUCUGCAUCUGGAUCUUCAGCUCUGUCGGGGACAGUGGUGCGAUUGUGCCCCAAUGUGGAUAUUUUGGGUAAAGUGGAGGUCGCUGAGCUCUUUGCUGCCUGUAAAGGAACGAAGCUGAAAGUUUGACUUCAGUGAAGCCUACAGUGACUUAGCGUUUGUAGUUUAAGCCUUUUGCAGGAAGUUAAAGCACAGAGCAGUUAAGAUUUAUGAGCAGCAUACUGCCUGGUUGAACUUUAUUUGUUUAUUCAGCAAAAACUGAUGUAAAAACACUGGAAGUGACUCGUGCAUUUAACGGCUGCAUAACAAAUAAGGCAGUGGCAUGUGUGGGGAUGCCCCUUUAUUAUUAGGCUUUGUUUAUGAAAUAUGUUUAAGUGUUAUUUGUUUAUUUCAAUGUAAAUUUAUUUGUUCAUUCGUUUGUUUAUUUGAGCAUCGUGAAUGAUAUUUGCGUUGAUGAGAAAGGAAGUGAAUAUGUUUGGAGGUUGCGCGGGCACAAGGUGCAGUUUACAAGACGACGAGCGAAAUAGGACAAAGUUAUCGUUAUAUCCCGUACGUCUGUGUCCUUUAAUUUGUCAAACAAGAAGAAUGUCCAUGUUUUUUGCUGUAACUUUGCUUUUCAUUUUGCCGACGUUGUUGUUUACUUGGGACAGUUUUCUCUCUUUGUGCCAGUCUCCUGCGCCACCUCAUUUUUGUACAGACAACGUGAAGCAGUCAGCAGAAGACGAAGGCUUAACUUUGUAAAGAUUUUGUCAGCCACAUUACAAAAUGGAUAUUUAAAUGUUUAUAUCUUUGGUGAUUAAAUGCUAUUGAUAUUUUUCA